GGCUCGAGAAGGGAAAGUGAUGCCGAACCGAAGCGCUGGCUCCCGACUUCCGCCCUUCUCCUUUGCGGCGGGGUCGUAAGGCAGGGAGGCCCGCGAGUGGCGGCAUCAGCUGGCCCGCAGGAGAGAGACGCGCGGGGUCGCCAACUCGCCAUGAGGCCGAAGAGGAAAGGCGAGCUCAGCCGAGCAGAGCUGAUGAUGAUGACCAUCGCGGAUGUCAUCAAACAGCUCAUUGAGGCUCACGACCAGGGCAGAGAUGUCCACUUAAACAAGAUCAAAACAAAGACAGCGGCAAAGUACGGACUUUCGGCCCAGCCUCGCCUGGUGGACAUCAUUGCUGCUGUGCCCCCCCAGUACCGCAAAGUGUUGGUCCCCAAGCUCAAAGCCAAGCCCAUCCGCACAGCGAGUGGGAUUGCGGUUGUGGCCGUCAUGUGCAAGCCACACAGAUGUCCACACAUUAACUUCACGGGAAACAUAUGCGUAUACUGCCCUGGAGGUCCUGAUUCUGACUUUGAGUAUUCAACGCAGUCUUACACUGGAUAUGAGCCAACUUCGAUGAGGGCCAUUCGUGCCAGAUACGACCCGUAUCUUCAGACCAGACACCGAGUUGAACAGCUGAAACAGCUGGGUCACAGCGUGGACAAAGUGGAAUUCAUUGUCAUGGGUGGAACAUUCAUGGCACUUCCUGAAGAAUACCGAGAUUAUUUUAUCCGUAACUUGCACGACGCUUUAUCAGGCCACACUUCCAACAACGUGGCAGAGGCUGUCAGAUACUCUGAGCGCAGCCUGACGAAGUGCAUCGGGAUCACCAUAGAGACCAGGCCGGACUACUGCCUGAAGCGGCACCUGAGUGACAUGUUGUCGUACGGAUGCACCAGGCUGGAGAUCGGUGUGCAGAGCGUCUACGAAGAUGUGGCCAGAGAUACGAACAGGGGCCAUACGGUGAAGGCUGUGUGUGAAUCGUUCCACUUAGCCAAAGAUGCUGGGUUCAAAGUGGUGGCGCACAUGAUGCCAGAUCUGCCCAAUAUGGGGCUUGAGAGGGACAUUGACCAGUUUGUGGAGUUUUUUGAGAAUCCCGCUUUUCGUCCAGAUGGCAUGAAGCUCUACCCGACUCUUGUGAUCCGUGGCACUGGCUUGUACGAGCUUUGGAAGUCUGGGAGGUACAAGAGUUAUCCUCCCAGCACCCUCGUGGACUUGGUGGCAAGAAUUCUAGCUCUUGUGCCCCCGUGGACCCGAGUGUACCGGGUGCAAAGAGAUAUCCCAAUGCCUCUCGUCAGUUCUGGGGUGGAGCAUGGUAACUUGAGAGAACUUGCUCUGGCCAGGAUGAAGGAUCUGGGGACAGAGUGCCGUGAUGUGAGGACUAGAGAAGUUGGAAUACAAGAAAUUCAUCACAAAGUGAGACCCUAUCAGGUUGAGCUGAUUCGGAGAGACUAUGUGGCCAAUGGCGGCUGGGAGACCUUUCUCUCCUACGAGGAUCCUGAGCAAGAUAUCCUGAUUGGCCUGCUGCGCUUGCGGAAGUCUUCGGAGGAGACGUUCAGGCCAGAGCUGAAGGGAGGCGUCUCCAUUGUCAGAGAGCUCCACGUCUAUGGCAGUGUGGUUCCCGUGAGCAGCCGAGAUCCCUCCAAAUUCCAGCACCAGGGAUUUGGGAUGCUGUUGAUGGAGGAGGCAGAAAGAAUAGCCAAGGAGGAGCACGGGGCGUGGAAGAUGGCUGUCAUUUCAGGUGUGGGCACCAGGGAUUACUACAGGAAGAUCGGCUAUGAGCUGGAAGGGCCCUAUAUGGUGAAAAGGCUUGACUGAGCCCGGAAUGCUGGCAGCCUUGCCUUGAGUUCUGCCAAGGUCACGGCAGGAAGGAAACGACAUCGUCCAACCACGCACUGGGCUGAAAAGCUUGGUCUCCAUCCAACACCAGUAAAGAACAGCCCAGAAUUCUGAUGCCGUUCUGCCCACAUUCCCCACACCAAGCCCCCAAACCUCAGUCUGGCAGAGGCGACUUGCCCUUCCCCACCUCUCUCAUUCCCAUGUGCAGUUAGGCAGCGCUGGAGAUUCUGCGCAUGGAAUCCAGGGGCGCUCACUUCAGACCCCUGGCCCUGUGGAGGUCUGGCCACCCAUUCGAAUCCUGCUUGGUGUUACUCAGUUGCAUCUUCAUUUUAUAUCAGGCUGGUUGUUCUUUCCCUGGCCUUAAUGAGCAAUCAGCCUUCAGUUUCCCCCCAGCCCCUGCUUAUAUCAGCAGAGCCCUUCAAGUAGGCUAUAUGAGAUGUCUAACCAUUUGCCAGGGGUUAGCGAUUUCCCCCACCCCCCAGUGAGGACUUAGAGGGGGAAAUCUCCUCCUUUAUUCUUUUGAAACUGAUUGUAACUGGCAGACGUGCGGUCAAGGCUUGUUGCUGCCCUUUCCGUGCAUAGCUUCCCUCCAGUUUUGAGGAGUCGUGGCCCAGCUGCUCUCUCCACAGUGUGGGGGCUCUAGGCCAGGCAUCCCCAAACUGCAGCCCUCCAGAUGUUGCUGAACUACAACUCCCAGCAUACCCAGCCACAAAAAAUUGUGUCUAGGGAUGCUGGGAGUUGUAAUGCAGCAACAUCUGGAGGGCCGCAGUUUGGGGAUGCCUGCUCUAGGCUCUGCUUUUGAAGGUCUGGCCAGCGGUUUAGCUGUUCGGCUUCUUUGCUCUGGACAGGGAGAGGCUGUGGAGCAAAACCCCCAGGGCCAGAUCUUAGCUACGUUGUCCGGGAGCAGGAGAAGAAGAGACUGAAAUCUCAGGGUGGACUUUUGUCUUUCAUCUUUGCAAAGGGAACCGUCCUCCUUUGUGGCAUCAGUUAUAACCACUUCUGUCAAAGAGGGCUCGACGUUUUCUACAGACAUUUCCCCACCGUCUUUGCCUAGGGCUUUUCUUUUAAACAAGAGGUAAUGGUCGCUCCUGAAAGAUUUAACCGAGGCUGUUCUGGAAGUGGCCUGGCUGUUGUGUCUUGCUGUGCUCAGAGCACUCGUGGCCUCGGAGGCCAGGGCUUCUCUGAGGCAGGCAGGUCGGAGGGAGAGACAUGUGGACAGGCUUCCCAAGCAGGCCUGGAGUGAUGCUGAAGAAAAACCACCGGGAUCAAUAAAGCAUGGUUUCCCCAGCCCA